AUGGCACGGAAGGAGGUGGCGAAGGGAGAGGAACUGACACCUUUAUUAAAAAAUGUGAGGAAAGAAGAAGAAAAAGUUGCUGGAGAGCCGAAGCAGGCAAGGCCUGCUGUUAGGAGUCAGUCAACGGCGAAGCUGAAACCAGUGAAGGAAACAAAGCAAUCUCCACGACUGCUUUCAGCACCAUCGCAAUCAACUCAGUCAUUGAGUUUAAAUGGCAAAGAAUUGUACCGACCUGAACAAAUAAAAGUGCUCCGCCUCGAUGAAAUCAUGGAGGAUUCAAACUCUCAGUCAAGUUCAAAAGCUAAAAUUAUUGCGCCUAAAGAGAAGGUGCGCAAGGAGGUUUAUGCAGCAGACAAUGUCGCUCAAAAAGCAAUACUUGACCAGGUUUGUUAUUAUUUGAAAUUCUCUGGCCUUAAAAAACAACAAAUUCACGGUUUGUUGACGGUGAAUCAGAAAAAGUUUAUAAUCUACUUAAAAUAG